AACGUGCCUGGUGUGUCCACCACCACUUCUGUUACUAUGCCAAACGUCCCUGUUACGCUGGUGCAGUCCCAGCUGACGAGCCACCCCUCUGGCCGUUGCCGGAGCAGCGGUGCGGGGCAGCCCCAGCACGUGGGGCACUCGCUGAUGGCCGGUGCACCCACCAGCCUGCCCCAGGCUGGCCUCGGACAGUUCCAGACACAGGAGGCACAGUCCCUGGCAGGCCAGAUCGAUGAUACUAGAAGAAAAUCGGAACCCCUACCUCAGCCACCACUUUCUCUUAUAGCUGAAAAUAAACCUCUGGUGAAGCCUCCCAUUCCAGAAACUCUAGCAAAUCCUCUUCAGUUACCUGCAAGUACUCCCAUGAACAGUCUUGCCAGCACUGUGUUUGGCAUAUCUAUUCCUGUUGAUGGUGAUGAAGACAGGAAUCCGUCAACUGCAUUCUACCAAGCCUUCCAUUUCAGCAAGUUACACGAGUCAAAGGCCUCCUGGGAUAGUGCAUCUGGUGCGAGUGUUGUUGCCAUUGACAACAAAAUAGAACAGGCAAUGGAUCUAGUGAAAAGCCAUUUGAUGUAUGCAGUGAGAGAAGAAGUGGAAGUCCUGAAGGAACAAAUAAAAGAAUUAGUCGAAAGAAACUCUUUACUUGAACGAGAAAACGCACUGUUAAAAUCCCUGUCCAGCAACGACCAGUUGUCCCAGCUCCCAGCCCAACAGGCCACCCCCAGUAGCACUUCGGGGACGCAGCCUCCGCCCGCGCAGCCGCCGAAGCAGCCGAAUGUCUCCUCCGCCUGA